UACUCGGUCCACUCGUCUUAUCCAGUCAUUUUUUUUCAUUCGAAAGUCACUCUCAUCCAGCAAGGCAGACACGCUAAUAUCAUUAUGCUCUUAAUGAUUUUAAAUAUUCCGCACUUGCGCGCGCACUCACUAGCUUCUUUCUUUCGCCGCUAUGCGUAACCAAGUCGACUAGUAGCUAAGCAUCGACUUAACGCGGAUUUCGUGAUCGCCUUUGUGGCUGAACAAUCGCAUGUCGUCUUUCGUUAAUUUGAAGUGAUAAUGUGAGUCUAAUCAGAUACAGUCUCAGGAUAUCCAAACGGACUCUUCUCUUUAUGCUCGACACUUUCACUAGUGAGUGUUAAAAGCGGCAUCGAGUCACCGGACACUUUCUUCGCUUGAUCGAUGCCCAAUGGAAAGUGCACUGGUGGAGCACACGCUUUAGAUCGAUUGGUCAUGGUUGAGGCGGACAAUGAGGCAGCCUUAAGAAGUAAAAGGACUAUCGGCAUACUGCGCCAACUAUUUCCAGAAGUCUCUCAGAUAGUCGAACAAAAAAUCAACAUGAUAACAUCCGAAGUCAUCCGAGUCCUGGGUCCAGUGAUAUUGCGGAGUGCCUUGGGCGGGGGCGGGGGCGGGGGCAGAAGUGACGCAUCAGGAUCAAGUGGAUCUACAGUAACCGUGUCAUCGCCGUUUGGUGACGAUGACAGCGAUGACGAUGGACAAUCGUCAUCCGGCGACGGUGGUUCAAGAGUCUCAAUAUCCCUGCCCACGUUUCCACCCGAUGAAGAGGAUGCUGAAAGCGCAUCGGAAUCUUCGGACGUAAAUCCAGAAGCUGAGAAUCAAGUAGGCGCCGAGUCGCAAAAUACGGAAGUACGAGUUCAGUUUGCCGAUGACCAAGCAGGUGCAGCUGCUACCAAUGCGGGAGUGGAGCCAGCAUUGGCACCCUUGGAUGACGUCGAGGUCAACGAUGACAAUCGCAACAAAAGAUUCCUCAACUUCGGGUUCGGAGCUCAAACCAGUGCCGGCGGUAACGCCGCAGGAAGCGGUGGUGGAUCCGGCAACUUCCUCUUUGACAUUAUCAGGCAAACAGCCGACGGGGCAGCGCGGGCGGCUGGCACCGUAUAUCGUGUCGUAGCAGGAACUCAAAGUCUUGGUUUAGGCUUGAGCGCCUCACGAGACGUGGGAGCCGCACCGGCACCUGCCAAUCCUGCUCCUCCCGCAGGUAUGCCGGCAGCUAUGCCCCCUGGCCCAAAGCCAGCUGCUGCCCCUGCUGCGCCUCCUGCCGCCGCUCCUGCCGCUGGAGCCGCUCCACCAGCACCGGCGAGCAACGGGACUUCCGGCCCCGGGCUGGUAGCCGGAAGUGGUAGCACGGAACAAGGUGACGCAGCUGCCAACGCACCUGCGCGUGGUGCAGACGCCACCCCGGAAGCUGUGCCAGGACCAAUCACCAGGCUCUUCGUGAUUGCCAAUAGAGGAAUCUCAAAUCUCAUUGACGAUCUUAUACUCCGUUUGGCAGCCACGAGUGAACGCAUUGUCAACUUCAAAGCGCGGCUUAUCACCUCCAUUAUCUAGAAGAAGUUACUCAAAAUUAUCAAUGACGGCAGGAGUCAACGAUCGAUGAUCUAUAACCGGUAGAUCAUGUUAUGGGAGCGCGGGCACGACGCAGACAAUUCAAAAUCCUAGAUUAUUGCUCCUUGUUCCCGCGUUUCAUGUCGCAGGAGAAUUACGUCGUAGACUCCGACCAGCAAUGUAAAGAAAGAGGUUUGGUUGUCAAGUCGAAGAAGACGAAGGAACAGAAGAAGCAGAGGAAGAACUUCACCGCCAAUUCACACUAAAUUAUAUAAAAGUAUACUUGUUCAUACUAUCCUCGUCGAAUCACCAUUUCCUUCCCAAAUCUUUUUCCUCUUGAUAUAUUAUUUUUACAUUUUUUAACCCCAGAAACACAUAACACUGAACAUCUGUACUUAUAUAUUCUUAUACCUUAUUCAAUUCACACACACAUGCGCGCGUAUACACGGAGCGAUUAACAUCCGGAUAAAUUUGCUAGACAUGUAAAUAGCUCCUUAGUAGCAGCGCCAGGAAUCGAUACAUUUUUUUAUUAGUUUCUGGUAUUUUCCACUUUUUUUCUGUUUCUUUUUUUAAAUACCGUUUUUACACUUUCUAUGAGAAUUCACGUCCGUUUACCCGUUCACUGUAUAUUUCUUCGAUUUUCUUAUUGAGAUACCGCAACGAGAAUCGCAGAGAGUUCAGUUAAGAAUUUACUUGGACUCCCUUCUUUGUGCGAUGGGUCGACUUCUCUUUUUGCUUAACUCGUAUAAUGUUUUCUUCUUUUGGAUCUUGCCAUAGACGAAAUUCAAAAGAUGAACCUGACCCUUCUCAUCUAAUGAAUGGGGAGAUAGAGGGAGAAUAUUUAGAGAAGGACGAUUCUCCAUUUUAUUUCUCUCUUUUUCUUUUUUUUUUUUGUAAUUAUGACAAUGUACACGCAAACUCGUCGUCGGUUUCAGCCGAGCAACAAUGUGUAAAUCGUCCCUGUUAUUUUGUAGUGUAAAUAAAUAUUAUUGUAAUAAUAA